UUUAAAGCACCACAGUUCAAAACGUACAGUUUUGCAGUAAUUUAACGUUGAUUGUCCUUGGAAGGCCGUCCGAUGGCCUUUACAAACGAGGAUUAUUUGCCUAGUAAUGAGGAACUUACAGUUCCAGAGCUUCCACUAACAUCGUCUGUCCUUAGAGCAAGCUCUGUUUACUUUGGAAAAUACUGUGAUAAUGCGUCGAAGGAGUUUAUGUUGUGCGUUUCAGAGGAGAAAGGUCCAAGAAAAUGUAUAAAUGAAGGAAAAGAAGUUACAAGAUGUGGAUGGGAAUUUUAUAGAAAUCUAAAGAAGAACUGUCAAGAGGAAUUUAAUGUGUACCAUGACUGUGUGGACAGAAGUGGUUCCAGUAUGGAUUUAUAUCGUUGCAGAAAAACACAAGUUGUCUUUGACCAGUGCAUGAAAGAAAAAAUGAAUAUGGAAAGGCCACCUAUAGGUUAUUUUUCCCGUGCUAGAAUACAUCAUACUGAAAGAGAAAUGCCUAAGCUGAAAGAACAAGAACUGCCUGAGCAACUUCCAGGGGUAGAAGAUAUCCGAAGACGGCCUAAAAAUGAUCUUGGUACUAAUUAUUCCAACAUGCCAGUAUAAGUUAGACAUGGUUUUUGUGAAUAAAUGAAACACAUGUAAUUAUUUGUAGUUACACUAGUUUAUUUAUAUUUGAAUUAAAAGAAAAAAAUAGCUUCAAA